AUGGCGACCACAGCACUGCUCCGGGCUCUCCGGCGGCCCUCGUCCGAAGCCGCGCUGCGAUUGGCUACAAGGCCAAAUGUGCAACCAACGAAUGGAUAUAGACAUCUGAAUAACAGGAACCUAAGUGUUUUCAAUGAGUUUUCUAAGCAACUAAAGGGUGAGGCCAAGAGUAAUCCUGAAUUCCAGAAAUCCAUGAAGGAGUUCGGCGAGAAACUUGGUGUGGUGAAGGAAGAUCUCAAAGUAAGAACUAAGAAAACGACUGAGACAAUAUACAAGAGUGUUGAUGAUGUUUGGAGUGAAGCUGAGGAGACAUCUAAAAAGGUUACUGCAAAUAUCAAAGAAAAAAUGUUUGCUGCUAAAGAAGAGGUAAAGGAAAGUUUUGGAGUCGGAAAAGAAGAGAGUACAAGUUGCAGGGAUGGUUCGCCUGAAGCUUCAAAACAUGAGAAAACUGGGACAUCCUCGCAUUCAGAUGGCACGUCUGAAGAUGCCACAAACAGCCAUACAUUGUUCACUAAAUUGAAGUCAACAAUCUCAUCUGCUUCACCAGUGGUAUCUGGCGCAUUUGCAAAGUUGAAGGACACAAAAGUUUCAACUUUAGCUAAGCAGGGAUAUGAAAUUGUCAAGGAUGAAUUAAGCUCUAGCUCUAGCAGAAAGAAAAAACAUCAAGCUAGGCAUGUUUCUGCUAAAGUAGAAAAGAGUACAAGAACCGAUUUAGUUCUUACACCAACAAAAAGGACAGUAUUGGGUGAAAAAUGGGAAGCAUUUAAGAAUAAGAUCCGAGGUCAUCCCGUCUAUAAAAGAGUGGAUGAAUACACCAAGCCUGUUGUAACCAAGGGACAAGAGGUAGCUGAAGAUGUCAGGGAAAGAUGGGAGACAAGUGACAAUCCAGUGGUUCAGAAAAUUCAAGACUUGAAUGAAUCUUUGCUUGAAGAAACCUCAGCUGCGGUGACAUUCAGGGAAAUUCGGCAACGAGACCCGUCCUUUUCUCUUUCUGAUUUUGUUGCCGAUGUCCAAGAAACGAUCAAGCCAGUUCUAACUGCAUAUUCAAAGGGUGAUGUGGAGACUCUAAAAAAAUAUUGCACCAAGGAAGUGAUUGAGCGCUGCAAAGGAGAGAGAGAAGCUUAUGCAUCACAGGGAAUAUUUUUUGAUCACAAAAUCCUGCACAUUUCAGAAGCUGAUGUAUUGGAAACAAAAAUGUUUGGAUCUUCACCCAUAAUUAUCUUACGUUUCCAAACGCAGCAGAUAUACUGUGUUCGAGAUCGAGAAGGACAAGUCACAGAAGGAGGACAGGAUACCAUCCAAACCGUCUUCAAUUCGUGGGCUAUGCAACUCAUGGACAGUGAUGAGGUGCCAGAAGAAGAAUCCUAUUACCCAGUCUGGCGGCUGCGUGAGAUGCAACAAGCUGGCAUCAAAGCUCUCAUAUAG